AUGGGGACCCUCUCAGCCCCUCCCUUCACACAGCGCAUCACCUGGAAGGGGCUCCUGCUCACAGCAUCACUUUUACACUUCUGGAAUGCACUCACCACGGCCCAAGUCACGAUUGAAGCCCAGCCACCCAAAGUUUCCGAGGGGAAGGAUGUUCUUCUACUUGUCCACAAUUUGCCCCAGAAUCUUGAUGGCUACUUCUGGUACAAAGGGCAAAUGACGGACUUCCACCAUUACGUUGCAUCAUAUGUAGCAGACAGUGAAAUAAUUAUAUAUGGGCCGGCAUACAGUGGACGAGUAACACUAUAUUCCAGUGCAUCCCUGCUGAUCCGGAAUGUCACCUGGGAGGACGCAGGAUCCUACACCUUACACAUCAUAAAGCGAGGUGAUGGGACUAGAGGACUAACUGGACAUUUCACCUUCACCUUGUACCUGGAGACUCCGAAGCCCUACAUCUCCGGCAGCAACUUAAACCCCAGGGAGGCCAUGGAGGCUGUGAGAUUAACCUGUGAUCCUGAGACUCCAGACGCAAGCUACCGGUGGUGGAUGAAUGGUCAGAGCCUCCCUAUGACUCACAGGUUGCAGCUGUCCAGAAGUAACAGGACCCUCUUUAUAUUUAGUGUCACAAAGGAUAUUGCAGGACCCUAUGAAUGUGAAGUACGGAACCCAGUGAGUGCCAGCCGCAGUGACCCAGUCACCCUGAAUCUCCUCCCGAAGCUGCCCAAGCCCUACAUCACCAUCAACAACUUAAACCCCAGGGAGAAUGUGGAUGUCUUAACCUUCACCUGCGAACCUGAGAGUGAGAACUACACCUACAUGUGGUGGCUAAAUGGUCAGAGCCUCCCGGUCAGUCCAAGGGUAAAGAGACCCAUUGAAAACAGGAUCCUCUUUCUACGCAGAGUCACGAGAAAUGAAACAGGACCCUAUGAAUGUGAAAUACGGGACCGAUAUGGUGGAAUUCGCAGUGACCCAGUCACCCUGAAUGUCCUCUAUGGUCCAGACCUCCCCAGCAUUUACCCUUCAUUCGCCCAUUAUCGUUCAGGAGAAAACCUCUACUUGUCCUGCUUCGCGGACUCUAACCCACUGGCAGAGUAUUCUUGGACAAUUAAUAGGAAAUUUCAGCUAUCAGGACAAAAGCUCUCUAUCCCACAAAUUACUACAAAGCAUAGCGGGCUCUAUGUUUGCUCUGUUCGUAACUCAGCCACUGGCAGGAGAAACUCCAAAUCCAUGAGAGUCAAAGUCUCUGAGACAGUGUCCCCUCAGGUUACCUAUGCUGGUCCAAACACCUGGUCUCAAGAAAUCCUUCUGCUGUGACCUCCCAAAAUGCUAGGAUUCAAACAUGACCCACCUU